AUGCAGCCUGCUAGGAUACCAAGCUCUCUCAAAGCUAAAGUGUCUGAUUUUUUGGAAGAUGGAAAUUGGGUUUUCCCUAUAGCAGCAACCCCAGCUCUCAAUGAUGUCUUCACUACAAUUUGGGCUUUAGAAAUUACGAGCUCUAAUAGGGAAGAUUGCAGAUUUUGGGCUCACACUAAGUCUGAAGUAUUCACAGUGAGAUCAGCCUGGGAUGCCUUGAGGAUGACAGCGCCACAACCUGAGUGGGGGUGGGCAGUUUGGCAACGAAGUUUGCAGCCUAGGAACUCUAUUUUUGGAUGGCGUUUAGCAAAUGGAGCUCUCCCCACUGAUGACAAGGUCAAGCGAAAAUCAGUGUCUUUUGCUUCAAGAUGUGAGCUUUGUGCAGCGGACUGUGAGACUAAGAGCCACUUAUUCUUGGAGUGCAAUUUUGCAAUUCAGGUGUGGAAGGAGAUUCUCUUCAUCUUCAAUGAAAAUUGGAAUGGGUUUCCCUCCAUAGAGCUUUUAUUUUCAUGGUGGAGGCGGAAAUCCAAGGUGGUGUCAUUACCCAAAGAAGUGUCGGAUGGAAGCAACCUUGAAGAAUCCAAAGUGAAGUCAGUGCAGGAGCUGGUUUUGGCUAGAAGACUGCGGGUAUCCAUUUCAAAAAACCUAGCGAAGAACAUCUUUGAAGUAAGGUGGAAACUGCCACCGCCUGGAUGGAUUAAGCUCAACAUUGAUGGGUCUUCCCUAGGGAACCCGGCUUCUGCAAGUGCAGCAUGA